ACGAACCAACCAUGCUCACGGCCACCUCAAUCUCCUCCACAAUUUUAGCAAAGCAGCGGAGACACUAAGAAAGCAAAGCUCAUCAUCCUUUCCCAGCCUUAUCCUCUUCUUCUUCUUGAUCUCCAUAACCAUCUAGUUGAGCUUCCACCAUAACUCCGAACUCGAAGGAGAUGGGAACUAUCGAGCGCUUCCAAUCCGGUUUCGAGCUCUUCAAGACGGAGGUCUAUGACAAGAAGCCUGAUCUGUUUGGUCCACUGAAGGAGGGGCAAAGCCCCAAGUACCUUGUCUUCGCGUGCUCCGACUCGCGUGUGUGCCCCUCAGUGGUGCUCAAUUUUCAGCCUGGUGAAGCUUUCACCAUCCGCAACAUCGCCAACACAGUCCCUCCCUAUGACCCGGUCAAGUAUGGAGGAACUGGAGCGGCCAUUGAGUAUCCUGUGGUCCAUCUCAAGGUGGAGAAUGUAAUUGUGAUCGGGCACAGUCGGUGCGGUGGAAUCAAGGCGCUCUUGUCCACCAAGGACGAUGGCUCCACCAGCACUGCCUUCAUUGAGGACUGGGUGAAGGUUAGUCUGCCGGCAAAGAAGAAGGUGGAGGAGGAGCAUGCCUCCCUGCCACUUGAAGAGAAAUUGACCAUUGCUGAGAAGGAGGCAGUUAACUCGUCCCUAGCCAACCUCAAGACAUACCCUUUUGUGACAGAGGCCAUAGAAAAGGGAGCCUUGAAGUUGUUUGGCGCACACUAUGACUUCGUCAAUGGCAAGUUUGAGAUAUGGGAGGCCUAACCUUGCCAUUGGUUUUUAAUGAUGGAAGUCUAAUACUGUAUCUAUGUUAUCUUAAUGAACCAGACCAUGGUGUCUAUGCUCUGUGUUGUAUGGCGUUGGACCUUAUGUAUGGGAUGUUAGAUCUUGUAAA